AUGGACGUUGUUACUACAUCAUUGACAGAUCGUUUUGAACUUUUAAAGAUCCAUGUUGAUUUAUGGAAUUUUUUGUACGAUUUAAAAAAUGCACCCGUAAAUGAAAGUGAAUUAUUAAAACAUUGUAUGGAUCUACACAAUCACCUCAAAGAUGGAUCUGACUCUGAUAUUGAUGGUGUCGAAUUAUGCACAGAGAUUCUGAACAUUAAGCAAUUAUUAAUUUCUUGUUUGGACAUAAGUUCACCUCUUAAUAUUCUUCAAUACAUUUUUGACUAUGAACUCCAAGACAUAUUUCCAAAUCUUUGGAUUUCAUUAAGAUUAUUAUUGACGUUAUCAGUGACAGUAGCUAGUGGUGAGCGGAGUUUCUCCAAAUUAAAACUCAUAAAAACAUACUUACGAUCUACUAUGGCUAAUGAACGUUUGGUCUCAUUAUCGGUGUUAUCCAUAGAAAACGAAAUAGCUGCGGAAAUCGAUUUUUCUACAAUUACACAAAGUUUUGCGGAGAGAAAAUCAAGAAAAGUGUGGAUCGAUAAGAAAUUUAAAUAA